CCAGCAGCAGCACGGCGUGCACAGCGCCCCUUUGAAGCGCCUCUGCACCUGGAGCUGAAGAUCCAGGACAGCCCUGUUGGGUGGUACGGUGGUGGAGAGCGGUUCAAUGCGGUGAACCAGAAGGGAAGUGUGCUGCCCAUGGCAAGCCGAGACACACCCUCAGGCAACCAGGCGGAGCGCACGUACAAGGCGGUGCCAUUCGUGAUGAGCACGUCGGGGUGGGGUGUGUGGGUGGACUCGCACGCCCAGGGCUCCUUCCUGCUCAACCACGCCUCCGACCCCCACCACCUGGUGCUGCGCUACCCGCUCUUCACGGCGCUGCGCGUGGUCUUCAUGGCGGGGCCGCGCCUGCUGGACGUGCUCGCGCUCUUCUCACGCCUCUCCUCCUCGCGCCCCAUCCCGCCGCCCCUCUGGGCCUUUGCGCCCUGGAAGGGCCGCGACGUGCACCGCAGCAGCCACGAGGUUUUGGAAGAUGCGGAGAAGCUGCGGCAGCAUGGCAUACCGGGGUCGGUGAUUCUAAUUGACAGCCCGUGGCAGACGGCGUACAACGACUUCACCAUCAACCGCCACCAGUUCACCGACCCCCAGACGCUCUUCUCCAAGCUGCAUGCCCUCGGCUUCCGGGUGGUGUUUUGGGCGACGCCGUUCGUGAACGAGGUGAACCGCGUGGACAUGCCGGGCAUCACGGCUGCCGCCGGGCCCAACUUCCACGAGGCGGUGCGCCGCGCCUUGCUGGUGCGCAACGCCACGGGGCAGCCGCAGGUGGUGCGCUGGUGGAAGGGGCGCGGGGCGCGCGUGGACUUCAGCAGCGCGGAGGCGGAGCGGUGGUGGCGCGGGCAGAUGGGGCGCAUGCUGCAGUGGGAGGAGGUGUUUGGCGGGGUGAAGGCGGACGACGGCGAGGGCGGGUACUUUGAGGCGGGUGCCGUGUUCCAUGACGGCACGCCGCUCCCCCUCAUGCGCAACAAAUAUGUGCAGCUGUACCUGGGCAGCAUGCAGCGCUUCAUCAACCACAGCGUGGGGCCCACCCAGGGCGUUGUGCUCGCCCGCUCUGCCUUCACUGGCACUGCCAGGUUAUUCCCACACUGCCAGGUGAUUCCCACACCCUGCCAGGUGAUUCCCACACUGCCAGGUGAUUCCCACACUGCCAGCUCAUUCGUGUGGGCGGGCGACAACAGGGCGUCCUUCUCUCGCGCGGACGGGCUGCCAUCGGUGGUGGUGGCGGGGCAGACAGCGGCACUCUCAGCGCUCUACCUGUGGGGCAGCGACAUCGCCGGCUAUCUGGGCAAGGCCAUCCCGCGCAACGUCUUCAUCCGCUGGACGCAGUUUGGCGCACUGUCCCCGUUGAUGCAUCAGUUCGGGCAGGCCAACAACGGCCCGUGGGACUACGACGCGCUCACGCUGCGCAUCUACCGCCGCUUCGCCCGCCUGCACACCGCCCUCGCGCCCUACCUGCUGCGCGCUGCAUGGCUCGCAAGCACGGAGGGGCGGCCCGUGAUGUGCCCCAUGGCGCUGUGUGCGCAGGGGGAUGAGGCCGCGGAGAGUGGGCGGUGGGAGGGACAGUACCUGCUGGGACCCGACCUGCUGGUGGCACCCGUCGUCAAUGAGAGCGACCACUUGCACGUGUUCUUCCCAGCAUCCACUCCGUACUGGCGCCAUCUGUUCUCAGGGCGGCGGUACAGCGGAGGGCAGGUGGAGGGGGUGGCGGUGGCGUUGGAGGAGGCGGCGGUGUUUGUGAGGGAGGGCGCGGUGCUAGAGGUGCUGCCCGACCACACCGACACUCUCGUGCCCUGUGGCGCUCACAUCCUCCCCUCCGUCACUUGCAUGCCUAGCCAUCGCACCAUCCAGCUGUGGCCGGGCGGGGCCGGCAGCACAGAGCUGUGUGCGCUGCUGCGUGUGUCGCACCACUAUGAGGGCACCGUCACCCCUGCCUCUCACGGACUGCCGGGCCACUCUGCCGAGUCCGCCAGCAGCGGCAGCGGCGCCGGCGCCGGUCAUGUGAAGAUGAGCAGCGCAGGAGGUGCAAGUGGCAGCUUGGCAGACGAGAGUGGUAGGGGUGUGGGUGGGGAGGGGAGUGGGGAGGGAGAGGUGGAGGCAGACGGGGGUGCGGGGCUGCAGGGAGGGGGUGAUGGUGAUGUGGCGAGGGGCGAGGGUGAGGCGGUGGAGGAUCUUCCUCAGAUGGAUGCAGCGCAGGAGGACGAGGGGGGAGGGGCUGGGGCAGGAGGGGAGGGCAAGGACGAGGGAGAUGUGAGAAUGAGAAGAGCGAGGAGGCUGCUGGGGAUGGGCGACGGUGCUCUGGAGGGGCUUGAAGUGGGUGUGCUGCACUUGAGGAGAGAGCAGCAAGAGGGGGGAGGCGAGCAGCAGCAAGGCAGGGCGGGCGGUGGGAGCGGGGGCAGGCGGGUGGUGGAGGUGGCAUGGGGGGGUACGGCGCGCAGGGAGGUGCAUGUGAUGCUCAUGUUCGAGCACGUCCCCCACGUCACACUCACACUGCUGCCACCCACGGGUGCCGCUCAUGGCGCACAGGAGGGCCGGCGUGUGCCGUGUGAGAACGCUGAAAGCCUGGACAGGCCGCUGUCUCUCUGCCGUCUGCACCUAGAUAAAGGGAUCACACGGAUAGUUUACCCUAUGUGA